AAAGUGUGGCAACAGCCCAGCACAGUAUGUGGUGGAGACUUUGCAGCUUGCUGGCCUGGUUCCCCUUACAAGAAGCCUUUCUGACUAACCACCCAGAAACAGUCACCGUGGAGGAAGGCCAGACACUCAUCCUAAAGUGUGUCGUUUCUCAGGGGAAGACCACCUCCCUGCAGUGGCUAGCCCCAUCAGGGUUCACCAUUUUUUUAAAUGAGCAUCCUGCUUUAAAAAAUUCCAAAUACCAGCUGCUUCAUCACUCCACCAAUCAGCUCUCCAUCAGCGUGCUUAAUGUCACCCAGCAAGAUGAAGGCGUGUACAAGUGUUUACAUUACAGCAACUCGGUGAGAACAAAGGAAGUAAAAGUGAUCGUGCUAGCAACACCUUCCAUGCCGACUCUGGAAGCUUCAGUUAUCAGAAUGCAAAAUGGAAAAGCACACAUUACACUUAAAUGCUCCACCGUGAGAAGUAAACCCCCUCCGCAGAUAACCUGGAUUUUAGGCAAUGGCAUAGAGCUCUCUGGUGAAACCCACCAUGAAUUUGAAACUGAUGGGAAGAAAUGUAACAGCAGCAGCAUCCUCAGAAUCCACACACUGGGCAAAAGUUCAACAGUGGACUGUGUCAUCCGACACAAAGGCCUACAAGGAAGAAAACUGGUAGCACCUUUCCGAUCUGAAGACUUGGUUGCAGUAAUGGAAGAUUCUAGUACAACCAAGAGUGACAAGGAAGAGAAAGAACAAACCACUCAAGACCCUGACUUGGCCACUGAAGCCAGUCUUCAGUAUGUGGGGGUGAUAAGGAGGAAAAAUGGCAUUCUACUGCUCACCCUUGUGUCCUUCCUCAUCUUCAUACUCUUCAUCAUCGUCCAGCUCUUCAUAAUGAAGCUUCGGAAAGCGCACGUGGUGUGGAAAAGAGAAAACGAAACCUCAGAACACACUCUAGAAAGUUACAAAUCGAGGUCAAAUAAUGAAGAAACAUCAUCCCAAGAGAAAAAGGGCCAAACUUUCCACUCUAAGAGCUACGUGAACUACAUCACACAGUUGUACUCAGAAGCAAAAACAAAGAGGAAGGAAAAUGCACAAAAUUCAAAAUUAAAAGAAGAGCCCACUCAUAUACCAGAGAGCAUUGUGUAG